UCACAAAGCUUCAAACCCUAAUCCACGGAUCAAACGAAACGUCGGAAGACGAAAGAUGGGGAGGAACAAGAAAGCGGGUUUCGGAUCUCGGCCAAGAUCCGUUUCGAGCCAAAGCCCGAAUCCGAAUCCGACUAAGAAACCCAAUAACGGCAGCGUUGGCAGUUUCGUCGACGGCGGUAUGCUCACCGACUGGCAACCCAGCUCUUCAGGGAAACCUCACCGGAAGAUCAAGGACUUCCGGCGGCUCCGUGGAAACACCAUUCCCUUCAAGUACCCUAGCGUUUCCGAAGCCGACGAUUCUCCGUUGGUCGGUUCCGAGGAGGAGGAGGAGAGCAAGUACAAGAGGAAAAAUGAGGGUUUUCUUUUAAUUGGGGGUCUUAGAUUGUAUACAAAGGAUGUAUGGUCUCCGGAUGAGGCCAUGGAUGAGGAUCAGAAGGAGGAAAGCAGUAGUGAAUCAGUUGAGGAUGUAGAAGAGGGUGAAGGUUCUAUAGAGGAUGAUGAAUUGUCUUCUAGUAUUGAUCUUGAUGAUUCUGAUAUUGAUGAUGAUGUGGUUGAAGAUUAUCUGGAAGGGAUUGGUGGAAGCUCUGAGCUUUUGGGGUCUGAGUGGUUGGCUAACCGGAGUUUGGAGGAAUAUGAUGAGGAUGGGCUUUUGAAAAGUGGGAGUAAUAGUGAUGGGGAUGAUGUUAAAAUUGGUGGGUCUGCUCUGAUGAAUGCGUCCAUGGAGUAUGGUAUGAAGAAGGGUAGCGUAAGAAAGGCAAAAGAGAAGAAGAAGAAGAAUGUGCAUGGUGUUUCUAGCAUUGUGGAUGCUGAGAUUGCUGCAUUUUAUGAUGAUUUGCUCACUAAGGAAUCAAAAAGAGGUGCAAGGCCCAUCCCCGAUGCUGAGAUUUCUGAAUUGUAUGAUGCUUUGGUUAUAAAGGAUUCAAGGAGGGGUGCAAGGCAUAGAAAGUUGGUUUCUUCCCAGGUUGCACAGUCAUGGCCAGGUGGAAAGAAAAAACACCGGAAAGAAUUUAUUGCUGUAAAACGUCGGGAACGCAUGCUGAAUCGGGGUGUUGACUUGGAUGAAAUCAAUUUGAAGCUGAGAGAAAUGGUACUUGAUGAGCUUGAUACACUAUCUUUUGCACCAAUGCAUUCCCGUGACUGCAAACAGGUUCAACGACUAGCAUCCAUUUAUCAUCUGCGUAGUGGUUGUCAAGGAUCAGGCAAGAAGAGAUUUGUUGUUGUUACACGAACGACCCACACAUGCUUGCCAUCUUCUACCGACAGAGUUCGUCUUGAAAAGCUUUUGGGAGCUGGCAUUGAGAAUUAUGAUUUUACUGUGGAUGAUAUCAAGUCCAAGCCUCAAAAGAUAUCAAGGAAAAUGAGCAGCAAGUCUCUUUCUAGAAUACACUCUUCCGCACCAUCCAAGCUAAUAAAAAAUGAACCCAGUGGGAGCAAGAAACAAGCUAGCAAGAAGAGUUCAUUAUCAGAACGGCCAGUCUCCUUUGUUUCAUAUGGUGCUAUGCAACAUGAUCAAGUCCCAGAGCCACUAGUCACAGACUUGAGCGAAAUCAGUACAAUAGAAACAGUUGUUCAUAGUUGUCCCCCGAAGUUGGGUGCCUUUGAGGUGCACACCAAAGGGUUUGGCUCACGGAUGAUGGCCAAGAUGGGAUUCAUUGAAGGAAGUGGUUUGGGUAAAGAUGGUAAAGGAAUGGUGCGGCCUAUAGAGCCUACCAGACGACCAAAAUCACUUGGGUUAGGUGUUGAAUUUGUAGAGAAAACACCAGAUGUGAAAUCACCGGACUUGAUAGUGCAAUGCAGAGGUACCAUGCCAUGUUCCUUUGAACAGCAUACGAAGGGCUUCGGAUCGAAGAUGAUGACGAAAAUGGGUUUCAUUCUAGGGACCGGUCUGGGUAAGGAUGCUCAAGGGAUAACCACCCCUUUGACUGUAGUAAGGUUGCCAAAAUCACAAGGUUUGGGUGCGCUACUUAAUCAUGAUAGUUGUGGUUCAGUAUGAGCUCCAAAGAUUGUACAUGAGAUAAAUUUAGCAGUAUAAAGUCAAUAUCCUGUCUUUGUAAACUUAAUUAAAUUCCCAAUUCCUCGCAUGUUGAAUUAGUUUUUAUUGUAA